AUAUAAGCAGGAGUCUUGUACCGCGGCCACCAAUAGAUUGCCGACCGCUUCGAAGUACGCACAUAGGAGAAAUAAUAUUUUUUUUGUACUAAUUCAGUGUCAGUGAUACAAAGGCUGUAACAGUUCAUCUUUUAUUGACACGGAAUCCGAAAAAAAUUAGGAUGAAGGUCUUACUACUUUGCAUGGCCUUUGCGGCUGUGAGUCUUGCAAUGCCGGUCGCCGAGGAAAAGCAAGAAGUACCCGUCGCGCCUCCAUCUAUUCCCGAAGUCAAGCCUGAAGUGAAAGCUGCUCCCGUAGAAGAAAAGCCUGAAUCAGAAACUGAGCCUAAAAGUGAACAACUCCCAGAGGCUAUAGCAAAAAGUGCAAUAGCCCCUGUAGAAAUUGCUCCUGAAUCACCAGCUCCAGCUAAAGUUGAGGGUGUCUCUGAAGUGAAAAAGGAGGACAUCCCUGCCGUCAAGGCAGCUGAACCAGAAGCUCCUGCAAAGCCUGAAGUAGCUGAACCUGAAGCUAAGCCUGAGGUAAAGAGUGUGAUCGCUGAAACUAAACCAGUUGUAGAAGGAUUAAAAUCUGAAGAAGUUCAGGCUAAAGUUGAAGAAGUCAAAAACGAACAACCCAUAGCGAAAUCUGGCAUUCUUGAUAUUGAUGUCGUUAGUGCAGUUAAAAAUAAUGCAGCAGUCGCCGACGACGUUAUAGACGCAGCGGCUAUCAACCCUGCCAUUGCCACUAAGAGUGCGGACCCAGAGGAGAAGAUAGACGAGUCUCCUGCCGCUGAACCCGAAGUUAAAGCCAUCCAACCUGAGGAAGUCAAACCAAUUGAGCCCAAAGCUGAAGAGAAACCCGCGGAAGUUGCUCCAGUAUUAGAUGCAUCCCCUGCAGCAAAAUCAGAUGCCGCCUCUGAUGCGCGCGUAGUCCGUGACGCUGCGGAAGAGAAACCGGAGGCUGAAGCAAAAGCGGUUGAAGCUAAAACAAUUGCCGAGGCGAGCAAAGAAGAAGUUAAGCCCGCCGAAGUGCCAAAACUAGAUCCCAAAUCUGCCAAACCUGAAGAAGUUCAAAUUACAAAUGAAAAGGAAUCAGAAAAGCCCGAGGAACCAGCUAAGAAGGAGGAGUCAGUUAUUGAAAAAGUGAAGCCAGCGGCACCCGCCCAACCCGCAGAGGUUGUUCCAUCUAAGCCCGUUGUGCCUAAGGAUCAAAUUUUAAAUGACCAACCAGCCAAAGAAGACAAGAAAGAAAGUUCCGAGGAAAGCGCUGAAAGCGACAAGGACUCAUCGGAGGAGAGUGGAGAGUCGAAGAAGCCUUAAGUUAGUUAAUGUUAAGUAGUAGGCGGGAGGCGUGGGUCGACUCGCGCCCUCGACGCGCUCCCCCCGCCCCGCAGCGCUGUGAGUGAUCUACCGCGACGAGCGGCUCAUCUGACUAUCCACUAGUUCUAGAGACUAAUUUAAAAUAGUGGAACAUCUACGUUGUAAUUAUUAUUUUCAAAGUAAAUUAUCGAAUUCACGGUACUAUAAGUAAUAAUAAAUAGUUUUUAUAAUA